AUGACUACGUUGGUAAUGAUCGCCAGUUUCAGUCACCACAGUCGCUGUAACAGAUCUAAACAGAUGCGGUACAGUACUUUGAGAACACAGCAGUGAAGUUUAUUUUGUUUAAUUCGCUGAGCCGUAUGCACUUUUAAAACGACAUUGGUGUGCGUAACCCGCAUAAGCUGGCGAGGUAGCGAGGCAGCAGCUGUCAACAUAUCUGAGCCCGUGUAAAAUGGCGGACCGUGGGGAAGAAGCAGAGAGCGAGGAUGAGCUGUAUGAGGUGGUGGACAUCACAGACUAUGCUAGGCGACAUCGGUGGUGGAGCAGAGUGUUUGGGAGCAGUACUGGACCCAUUGCUGAAAAGUACUCGGUGACCACGCAAAUCAUGAUGGGGGGCGUAACAGGCUGGUGUGCUGGUUAUUUGUUUCAGAAGGUUGGAAAAGUGGCAGCGACCGCAGUUGGUGGAGGAUUCCUUUUGUUACAAAUUGCCAAUCAUAGUGGUUAUGUGCAGGUUGACUGGAAGAAAGUAAAGAAGGAUGUAAAUAAAGCCAAGAAGCAUCUGAAGAAGAAAGCCAACAAAGCCGCUCCUGAGUUUAAUUCAUUUAUUGAAGAGUCCACAGAAUUUUUGAAGAGAAAUAUUGUUGUCUCAAGUGGAUUUGUUGGAGGAUUUCUGCUGGGUCUGGCAUCCUAAAUCACAGCUGGACCUGCUAUACAGAUGGACUCUGCGUAUCCAGAGACAUUUUACACGGAGGCUCAGAAACCAUGGUUUUAAGACAAAGUUGUUGUUUGAGUCGGGGCCUGGAAUGGAGUUGACCCUCUUGUAUGUCCAGGAACAAAAGUGCGGCACAAGAUUGUUCUGGUGUGUAGUUAAUAACUGGAAUGCCACAAUAGCAAUCAUUCAAUGCUUUGUCUUAUAGCUACUGAUCAGUGUCAUGACCAGUCAAUAUACCAUAAAACAUUAAAACCAUAUCUGGAACUAGGCUGUUCACUUUAACAUUACUUUAAAACUUUACAUGAAGUAGGCUUGUAAUCUGUGAAGCUUGUAGGCCUGUGAUCUGUGAAACUUUAAACAUGUAUGGUUCUGCUUUUUGGACAAUGUAACAUUUUUGUUGUUUCAUGAAAGGCUACUUGUGUUUUUUCCCCCAUGGAUUUUGUGAAGCUAAUGAUGAAGCUAAUGAUGUCACUGGAAUUUCCAAACUUAUGGUUAUAUAAAGUAUGACCUACCAGUAAAGAGGCAGUAAUUAUUUGUGUAUGUAAACCAGUAAAAAUAUUUGUGUA